AUGGCCAUGGCGUCGUCCGCCUCCUGCUGCUUCUCCCGCUCCUCCCAUGGCCGCCUCCACCCCCUCCGCUCCCACCUCCCGAACACCACCACCAGUAUCCCAGCGCGCCUCCCCCUCGGCCUACACUUCGUUCCCCGCCCCGCCCCAUCCCGGAACCCCCACCGGAUCUCCUCCUCGCCCUCGCCGGCGCCCGACGCCACCGACGACGAAGCACACAUCGCCGAAAGAGACGAGCAGGCGGACCGGGACGAGCGAUACGGGUUCGAGAUGGAGGUCCGCAAGCUGCCGGGGAAGAAGAACCGGCGCGUCGUGCGCGCGCGGGUGCGCGUCGGCGCGCCGCUGGAGGCCGUCUGGGCCACGCUCACCGACUACGAGGGCCUCGCGGACUUCAUCACGGGCCUCUCCGAGUGCCGCCUCCUCCGCCAGGACGCCGCCUUCGCCCGCCUCUACCAGGUCGGGGAGCAGGAUCUGGCGCUGGGGUUCAAGUUCAACGCCAGGGGCACCAUAGACUGCUACGAGGGGGAGAUGGAGGUGCUCCAGGCCGGGGCGCGGAGGCGGGAGAUCGCAUUCAACAUGGUCGAGGGCGAUUUCAAGGUCUUCGAGGGUAAAUGGUCUGUCGAGGAGGUCAAUGAUGUUAUUGAUGAAGGCGCUCCGGUUUCAGUGGGCCAUGAAUUUCAGACUACACUUUCUUAUGUGGUAGAGCUGGAGCCUAAGCUCUGGGUUCCAGUUAGGCUACUGGAAGGAAGGAUUUGCAAAGAGAUCAAAGCCAACCUUGUUUGUAUCAGAGAAGAAGCGGAGAGGAUCCAAAGAUUACAGGGCGAGUGAUAACUUAGAUGUAUACUGAAGGCUUUCUUACAACUUCACCCUUGGUUAUUGUCUGGAGCCCGCUCCUCAACAGAGUGCCAGCUAGAUAGAAGACCAUGGCACGGAACGGGUAAAGGUGUAGGUGCAUCUGAAGAUAUGUCGAAUCAUUUCCCAAACAUUUUGACAUGGCUGGAUGAGCAAAUGGAGGGACCUCACCGGAAUUCAAUCUUGCAAUGUAGGAUUUUGUUUUUGCUACUUAACUGAAGAAUGAGUGAUGAGUAUACAUGAUUCGGUUAAAAGAUGUUGAUGUUGGCAUGUUGGCGGUUUGUUUGCUGUGAUGUACAGACACCAAACGAGCAUCCCUGUGUAUGCAAAUCAUUCUGUAAAACGAUACAACUGAUAAAUAUCAAUGUCAUUGAUACAAUUGAUAA